GACACAACACAACGGGUAGAUCCAGAAAGAGCGUUGAAAGUUGAAACCUUGAACCUUUUGAAUCAGUUGGACGGUUUUGCAGAAAUUGACGUUUCAAAUUUCAAUUGAAGUAGCACGCACGUUUCAUCAUCCACUCGCAAUCGCGAUCACCCGUUGCCGAUCCCGAAGCAGAGAAAACCUAAGCCAACAUGAGUGGCGACGCCCCAACCCAAACCCAAACCCAAGCCACCGACACCAAACCAGAAGAAACCCACACCCACACCCAAACCAUCACUACCAAACCGGAAGAAUCUCAUUCUCAAUCUCAGUCUCAGCCUCAGCCUCACACUGCCGAUUAUGCUCCAUACCCUAAACUGGACCCCACCGAUGUUGCGCCACCACUCAACACUGAAUCUCGCGCUCCCAUUUCCGAAGAUGCUGCCACUACUAUGCCCAAAGACUCCAAUCCCUAUGUCACUCCUGCGCCAGUUCCUGCUUCUUCUACCAAGACUACUUUAGAUUCCGUGAAAGACGUUCUCGGGAAAUGGGGGAAGAAAGCCGCCGAGGCCACCAAGAAGGCCGAGGAUCUCGCCGGCAACAUGUGGCAGCACUUGAAAACGGGACCGAGUUUUGCGGAUGCUGCUGUGGGGAGGAUUGCUCAGGGGACUAAAGUACUUGCAGAAGGAGGGUAUGAGAAGAUCUUUAGGCAAACAUUUGAGACAGUUCCAGAGGAGCAGCUUCUGAAAACUUAUGCAUGCUACUUGUCUACCUCGGCUGGACCUGUGAUGGGUGUCUUAUAUUUGUCAACGGCAAAGCUGGCAUUUUGUAGUGAUAACCCUCUUUCUUACCAAGUGGGUGGUGACCAGACUCAAUGGAGCUAUUAUAAGGUGGUCAUUCCAUUGCACCAGCUGAGAGCUGUAAACGCAUCAACAAGCAGAACCAACCAAUCUGAAAAGUAUAUACAGAUUAUCUCUGUUGACAACCAUGAAUUUUGGUUUAUGGGCUUUGUGCACUAUGACAGCGCUGUUAAAAAUAUUCAAGGAGCAUUGCAGCCUCAUUGACACACAAGGGAUUUAAAAACACCAUGUAUUGUUUAUACCAAAGAUGAGGUUUGUGUUGAUAAAUUAUCCAUCCGUCACAGAAACAUUUAAGUGUUUUAUCUUUAUAUGGUUAGUCCGCUAGUGUAGUUGGUGGAGCUGUUAUAGUAUUAAAAUGGAAACUCAUUCAGUGUUUAUCAUAUAUUUGUUUUAUCUUUGUUGCUUUCUGAAAGCGAGGGUCCAUUGAUUUGUUGUAAGUUGAAUGGAUAUAUAAACGGUGGAUUUACUUUUAAAUAUAUUAAAUAUCUCCUUCUUUAUAUCUUUAA